AUGGCUCCUAAGCCUUCUCUCGAGCCUCGCGAGGCAUAUGUACCGAAACCUGUUCCUAUAGGAGGAGAUAUUAUGUCGGUUAUGGUCUCCCUCGCUGCUUGUUCAAUAUUGGCUGUCUUUCUUUUCCAGAGAAUUACUGUCGUUAGAUCCUGGUCCAGGUUACCAUUUGUUGCUUGGCUCGUCCUGGUCAUCUACGUCGACUCCUAUGGUUUUGUUUUCACCUCUGCAAUCCUCCAACAGGUCUUUGGUGUCAACAGCAGCUUUAACAUUUGCCAUGGCGCCAUUUUACUUUGCCUGAUAUGCUAUGUCACAACCAAGAUUCUUAUAUACAUCUUUCUUGUCGAGAAAGCUCAUGUUAUUCGAAGCUCUACUACACGAAGAAGAAACUCGAAACUUUACUUGUUCAAUAUGAUCACACUUCUUGGUGGUUAUGGAGUGGUUGUCGUCCUCAACUUUAUCUAUCGCAUUGCCAGAAUUGUAAACGGAGAGUGCUUCAUCGGCAUGAAGAGCAUCUCUAUGAUUCCUCUUAUCGCUUUCGAUGCCGUCGUUAAUAUCUACCUGACCAUUCUUUUUCUUAUCCCUCUUAAAAAUCUCUAUUCAUUUAAGAAUCUUCCAAAGACCCGUGCGAACUCCCGUCUCCGCAGUGUGGCCUUCCGUACUUUCGUCGGCGCUUGCUGUACCUUGACAAGCAGCAUAGUUGCUGGUUCUUCCAGUCAACCAGCUUCAGCUGCUGUUACGGAUGGCAGCUACAUUGGUAGACGUGCCUCGUCGGCUCAUCCAAGAAGUCUGCAUGCUUCCAAUGUUCCUCGCGACGUAGACGACGAGACUUUUCUUGUCGGACAUGCUACCGUCACCUCUUUGACAGAUGACUCUGGUUUCGAAAUGACCAAAGUUCAUUCAGGGGCUACAAGUGGUGUUAUCGUUACGACGACAAUUCACCGUCAGAGCAGGCCUACAACCGAACGAAAUAAGAGCAGCGAUGAUGACGACAAUAUUGGGAUUGAAUUAGACCGAGACUUUCCGGUGCGUCCAGUUGCUUUUGCUCUGGGUCACACAGAAGCCGCAGAGCCACCUCGAACACGAAUCCAAGGUGGCUCCAAACCACAUCAUCACUCCAAAACACCUUCGUUCUCACGCCCAUUGAAUAAGUAA